CGCAUGCAGGAUAUCGGGAAAAUGUGCAACGUUUCAUAAAUAUACGUCAUUUCCGGGAUGAUAGAGAGGCAAUGACAGCUUGAUCAACAACAAGACAUUUACACAGAACAGAUCAAUAAAGUGUCUACUCUCACGUGGUGCCUGCGUGUCCCUCCUGUUCACCUAGCAGCCCCUCACUGGAGAGAAGUCUGAAGGAGGAGGGCUCAGCCUCUCUUCCCCUGCCCAGCCAGCCACUAUGGAACCUUCUCUGCAGAAACCCACAAUGAGCUGUGAUAGUGGACUGGUGGAGAGGAACAUUGCUGGAGCCGACCCAGAGGGGAUGUGGGACAGUGGGGCCGUGGAUCCACCCGAGGAGGAGGGCCGCACCUUCAUGCAGGUUCUCAGCGAGAAGUACAGCCCGGAGAACUUCCCGUACCGCCGAUGGCCCGGCAUGGGCGUGGUGGUAGUGCCAACUCUCCCACAGGGCUCGCCCAUGAAAGAUCGUUUGAACCUUCCCAGUGUGCUCGUCCUGGCUGGCUGUGGAAUCAGCCAUGCGGGAGAGCAGAGAGAGAUCGCAGCCUUCUGUGCCCAUGUGAUGGAGCUUGACCUGUCCCAGAACAAGCUCCAGGACUGGCAUGAGAUCAGUAAGAUUGUGUCAAACAUCCCCAACCUGGACUUCCUCAACCUGAGCUCCAACCCGCUAAGUGAGGUUGUCUUGGAGCCUAGCGGUGCUAAGGCCUUUGCCCGAGUCCGACGCCUGGUCCUCAACAACACUCAAGUGUCCUGGAACACGGUGCUCGUACUAACACGGGAGAUGCCUGAGCUGGAAGAGCUGUUCCUGUGCCUUAAUGAGUACACCACCGUGUCAGCCUCUACUGUGCCCUGCCCCACACUGCGCCUGCUGCACAUCACCGACAACAACCUGCAGGACUGGGCCGAGGUGCGAAAGAUUGGGCCCAUGUUCCCCGGCCUGGAAACUCUGGUUAUGGCCAACUGCAACCUGAGCUCCAUUCAGGACUCCGAAGACAUGCUGCGGCGCCUCUUCCCCAACCUACGCAGCAUCAAUCUGCACAACUCAGGUCUUAACCGAUGGGAGGACAUAGAGAAGCUGAACCAGUUUCCUAAACUGGAAGAUGUGAGGCUGCAGGGGAUUCCCUUACUGCAGACCUAUACCAACACAGAGCGUCGGAGCCUCAUGGUAUCACACCUGCCCUCUGUAUCAUCGCUCAAUGGCAGUGUGGUGACGGACGGGGAGAGAGAGGACUCGGAGAGGUUCUUCAUUCGUUACCAUGUCGACUACCCAGAGGAGGAGCUACCUUACAGGUAUCACUGCCUGGUGACCAAAUACGGGAAGCUUGAACCCUUGGCUGAGAUCGACCUUCGACCCCGCUGCCACGCCAAGGUGGAGGUGCACUGCGAGGACAAAGUGGAGGAGGUGAGUAUCCGCCUGGACCAGACUGUGGCCGAGCUGAAGAAACAGCUGAGGACAGUGGUGCAGCUGUCGGCCAAUCAGAUGCGUCUUUACUACAUCGACAAGGAGUGUGUCUUUGGGCCGGAGGAGAUGAAGUACCACACCAGGGCCCUCCACUCCUACAGUAUCCAGGACGGGGACGAACUCCUGGUGGUGCCUAAGGCUGGCCGGGGGACUACCACCGCUGCCAAACCACUAUCAAACCUUAACUCCAAAACCUUAACUCCCCCGCCAUAGAAGUACAAUAACUAGAACGGUCCACCUAUCAUGGCACAUUGACUUGAAUGGGUAAUGCAGUUCUAGUAAUUAUAUUUCUAUGCUAAUACCCUUCCCCAUCCUAAUCUUGUCUGAAGAACUCCCUGCACCCCUCCUUACGCCCAUCCUAUGUUUUACAUUCAGUGUGGGACACACUAUCAGGAAUAACAGCGACUCUGACUCUGAUUCUGACUGGCUUGCGUUUCACCUCACAGCACCACACAUGCACACACACACCAAUUAAUCUGAACAAAUGUGUCUUGUAUGCUGCCCUCAAAAGGUGUGCGUAUUAUGUGUGACUGAGUCCCCUCUUUGUCUUGGUGUAAUGCCUCUGCCCUUGACUCCUAAAAAGGCUAUCUUUUGGGGAAGGAGCACAGGAGAUAUUGCGGAGUACAACCACAGUAUCUUUUAUCUUUAAGACAAUCUCCCAUUUGCAUACCCUGUGGUGUGCAGAGGAUGUUGAUGAAAGGAUAUGGUAUACUGCUGUGCCACAGACUCUGUUUUGAGUGUACUAGGUUGAUUGUACUGUAGCUAACGGAAGUAUUCAUCGCGCCGUGUCAUUCCACUUCCUCACAAGACCGAGCCAUAGUUUUUGAUGGGUUAUUCUAAGUUAGGUUUAGUUCUCCUACGUUGAAUUCAGUAAGAUUAGUAUUUUUGGAGGAUACUUGAUAUUCAAACUCAAAUCGUGUUGAGCUUUCAAAUGGUCUUUCCUUUGGCCAGUUGUAUCAUAGUGUUUAUAGGAUAUUGAUGCCUCUGACUGAAAUCAUUGAUGUACCAUAGAGUGCUGCAUGAGACUGUUCUUUCCUAAGUGUGUUUUUAUGUAGUUUGUGUGGAUCCUUCCACUGUCUGGGACCGUCCAUAUAUGUUAAGCCUAAAUUACGUUUGAACACCUAUUGACACAUUUGCUUCUGUGCCAGAGCCAAAGUAUCUCAGGUCUAUUGCAGACAGAGGCUUUGUGUGUUCACCAAAGAUUUGUACGAACUCUGUGUACUGUUCAUUGCAAUGUUGAUGCAUUUUCCUUGUGUGUGAAGAGGCUCAUGCUUGGUGUUAUUUUUGUCAUUGUGAGGGAAAAGGUCACUAUGUCAGUAGCGGUUGUCUGGGACAGUAGAACUAAGGCAUUGCUUGGUACUUCACAGCUAAGGGACACCGCCAAUUUAAAUCCCAAUUUACAGGCUGUUUGUUUCCCUGUUGGAUCUUAAUUUACAUAAUUUGUUGUAUUAUGUCAUUGUCUGAUUUGGAAGACAGUAAAGUAUUGGAAGAUGCACUUAGUAGAGCUAGAUCUCUCUAAAGAUUAGAAACUAGACAAUAGCAGCAUAUUUCAUACCGCUUGUUGUAUUUAUUUAGUCAUUAAAACAUUGUAAUGAGCGGUAAGGGUCCGUUAUUUUUGGUAGGCAUAAUAUUUCUAUGUCGCUUAGAUGGCUACUUGGUUUAAUCUAGACAGCUUCUCUUGGUUAGUGAACCCAUGUUUUAAUGUAGUCAGUAUGCACUGGCAAUCAAUCAAUCAAAUGUAUUUAUAAAGCCCUUUUUACAUCAGCCGAUGUCACAAAGUGCUGUACAGAAACCCAGCCUAAGACCCCAAACAGCAAGCAAUGCAAAUGUAGAAGCACGGUGGCUAGGAAAAACUCCCUAGAAAGGCAGGAACCUAGGAAGAAACCUAGAGAGGAACCAGGGUCUGAGGGGUCUGAGUCCUCCAGGGUCUGAGUCCUCGUUCAUAGAUGACCAGCAGGGUCAAAUAAUAAUAAUCACAGUGGUUGUCGAGGGUGCAACAGGUCAGCACCUCAGGAGUAAAUGUCAGUUGGCUUUUCAUAGCCGAUCAUUGAGUUAGACACAGCAGGUACGGUAGAGAGAGGGUCGAAAAACAGCACGUCCGGGACAAGGUAGCACAUCCAGUGAACAGGUCAGGGUUCUAUAGCCGCAGGCAGAACAGUUGAAACUGGACCAGCAGCACAACCAGGUGGAAUGGAGACAGCAAGGGGUCUUCAGGCCAGGUAGUCCUGAGGCAUGGUCUUAGGGCUCAGGUCCUCCGAGAGAGAAUUAGAGUGAGCAUACUUAAAUUCACACAGGACACCAGAUAAGACAGGGGAAAUACCCCAGACA